GGAAGAAGAUGGAACAUAGAGCAUUGGCGGCUUAUAGCAUUGAAGAAGGCAUAACAGUUACUACACGUACCCCUCCUUCUCUCUGUAACGUGUCCUCUCAAAUCGGGUCCUAUCUUCCAUGCGAAUCCGUUCCUCAUUCUUCUCUAUCUUCCUCCUUUCCUCAUCCUCUUCUCCUUCCUCCUCCUUCUUCUCCUCUCGUUUCUCCUCUCUCUCCGCUAUGUCUCCAGGCGCUAAUGGUGAUUUCAAAUCUAGGGUUACGGUCGUGGGCAGUGGCAACUGGGGAAGCGUUGCUGCUAAGCUCAUCGCUUCCAAUGCCCUCAAGCUUCCUUCUUUCCAUGAUGAAGUUAGGAUGUGGGUGUUUGAGGAAGUUCUGCCAAAUGGUGAGAAGCUCACUGAUGUAAUCAACAAGACCAAUGAAAACGUCAAGUAUCUCCCUGGGAUUAAGUUAGGAAGAAAUGUCGUUGCAGAUCCUGACCUUGAAAAUGCAGUGAAGGAAGCAAACAUGUUGGUUUUUGUUACGCCGCAUCAGUUCAUGGGUGGUAUAUGCAAGAAGCUUAAGGGAAAGGUAACAGGAGAGGUUGAGGCUAUAUCUCUCGUUAAAGGGAUGGAAGUGAAGAAGGAAGGCCCCUGCAUGAUCUCUAGUCUCAUCUCCAAGGAACUUGGUAUCAACUCUUGUGUUCUUAUGGGCGCAAACAUCGCCAACGAGAUUGCUGUGGAGAAGUUUAGCGAAGCAACGGUUGGAUAUAGAGAGAGUCGAGAAAUAGCUGACACUUGGGUUCAGUUGUUUAGUACUCCCUAUUUUAUGGUCACACCGGUUCAUGAUGUUGAAGGAGUAGAGUUGUGUGGGACCUUGAAGAAUGUAGUGGCUAUUGCAGCGGGUUUCGUUGAUGGUUUGGAUAUGGGUAAUAACACAAAGGCUGCAAUCAUGAGGAUUGGUUUACGAGAGAUGAGAGCACUCUCGAAGCUUCUUUUUCCAUCUGUCAAAGACAGUACUUUCUUUGAGAGCUGUGGUGUAGCAGAUGUCAUAACAACUUGCUGUAAGGAGGACUACGAGUUAUCUUUUUGCUUUCUUUUGUCCAUUGUAAAAGUGAUUGCUCUUUUGACUAUUACAGUAGGAGGAAGAAACCGAAGAGUUGCAGAAGCAUUUGCCCAAAGUGGAGGAAAAAGGUCUUUUGAUGAGCUUGAAGCAAAGAUGCUACAAGGGCAAAAGCUACAGGGUGUUUCCACGGCAAGAGAGGUCUACGAGGUCUUGAACCACUGUGGAUGGCUGGAGAUGUUUCCACUGUUUUCAACGGUUCACCAAAUCUGCACAGGUCGUCUUAAACCUGAAGCCAUUGUUCAUUACCGUGACCACAAAGCCUGAUCUCUCAUGAUGGUCCCAUUCAUCUGCAAAAAAUGUUUCUGUGUUGAUGUAGAAGUUUAACGUUUUUGUUUCUUUGAGAAUGUUUACUGGUGAGUUGGACCUUCUAACUGGUUUAGAGGGUCCGGUUUAUUCAGUCUUUGGUCCAGUUCAAAUUUAAUUUCCUUGGAUCGAACACAGUCAUGUGUUCAAUGUUGUAAUCACUGAGUACUGGAUUCGUUUAUUAAAUUUGAAAGAUUCACGAACAA